UGUUUUCACCCUCACUCCGAUCUACAGCAUCGCUAGCCUUGAUAACAUCGAUAUUCAUCCAAUAUGGAGACACACAAGUCGACAGUAGCUUCGCUCGCAUCCAAAGUCGCACAAUUCAGUCUUUCGAAAACUCCAUUCCGCAUCUACCAUGGCUCUACGCUAUCCACGCGCCAGUCGUCUCGUCAACGCGAUCAAAUUAUCGACGUCAGCUCGCUCAACCAUGUAUUGCAGUUCAACAAGGCCAGCAAAACGGUCCUGGUGGAACCAAAUGUCCCAAUGGACAAGCUCGUAGAGGCUACGCUGGCUCAAGGGCUAUUACCAAAGGUUGUCAUGGAGUUGCCCAAUAUCACAGUCGGCGGUGGUUUCUCUGGCACAAGUGGGGAAAGUAGCUCCUACAAAUUCGGCCUCUUUGAUCGGAGCAUCAAGGGCAUCGAGAUCAUCCUAGGCAAUGGCGAGGUGAUUUGGGCAUCGGCUGAUCAGCACCGAGAUUUGUUCUUCACGGCUGCCGGGAGCUGCGGGAGCCUGGGUGUCAUCACCCUCCUAGAGAUGGAGCUUAUCGACGCAAAGCGCUACGUUGAGCUGCAGUACAUCCCCGUCAGCAGCGUACAGGAGGCUACCAAGCAACUUCGACACUACGAGAGCCAGCCUGGAGUAGAUUACAUGGAUGGCAUUCUGUAUUCAAUGUCCAGCGGCGUGAUCAUGAUCGGCCGCCUCAGUGAUGAUGCGAUACCCGGGCGGACACAGAGGUUUGACGGGGCAGCCGAUCCCUGGUUCUACAUGCAUGCUGAGGAUGUGUUGAAGAAGAGUAGGGACGAGAAGACGGAUUACAGGGAAACGAUACCAGUCCAGUCCUAUCUGUUCCGCUACGACAGAGGGGUUUUCUGGUCUGGCUUACGCGCCUUCAAGUAUUUUAUUACGCCCUUCAACCGCAUCACGCGCUUCUUGCUCGAUCCCUUCAUGUACUCCCGUACUAUGGUGCACGCCCUUCACCGCUCAGGCCUCGCAUCACGAACGAUCAUUCAGGACUAUGGCGUGCCAUACGACAAAGCGGAAGACUUCGCCAGGUGGACCGAUGGGAGAACGAGUAUCUGGCCACUUUGGCUUUGCCCUGUGAAGUCAGCACCGCGCGACGAACGCAGCUUCUCCCAAGGCAACAACGUCAAAGACGACAUGCUCCUGGAUUUUGGGAUAUGGGACAUGGGCCCUGAAGAUGCUCACGCGUUUAUCAAGCUGAACCGAGACUUUGAGGCCAAGGUGACAGAACUGGGUGGUAUGAAGUGUCUGUACGCACAUGCGUACUAUACUGAGCAAGAAUUCUGGGAGAUUUACAACGAGAAAAAGUACAAGGAGCUGAGGAACAGGUACCACGCCCAGAGCUUACCAAGUGUGUACGAUAAAGUCAAGGUGGACCUACAGGGUGUUGCUGGAGGAAAGGCCAUGGCGAAGAAAAGGGAGACAUGGAGCGAAUGGGCUUACGAGCGGUUCUGGCGAACGUGGCCGCUGGGAGGGCUGUAUGGAGUAGCCAGCGCUACGAAGGGGUUGUUGAUCGAGAGCGACUUUUUGCUCAAGAAGUAGCCGCAAGCCUUUUGAAUGUUUCCAGGCCACCUUUCACAGAACCAACGAUAGCUCAACUGGGGCGUAGGCACUUUGGAAACCCCUCCAGGCCACCCUUUCACUGCAAAAUAGCCCCCUUUGAAGCCUCUACUCUAU